AUGACUUUGCGCCUCGGCGAUAGCACAACUACCCACUCCGGCUACCAUGAGCAGCAAAGCCUUCCCACACCAACCGAUUCCGAAGCGUAUGCAGCCAUCAAUGACUCCUAUCCAUACUGGACCACCUCGAAAGACACCUCAAGUCAGCAUAGUGCCUCGAUCAAAAAGCACAAAUCCCUCACUCCUCACCUUAUUGAACGACAUGAUGAAUACUACACAUACACGGAUGCCGGGACAACCUCACGAUAUGGCGCACAUUUAUCUGACACUCCAGUGUACGAUCGUACCUACAUCGCUGGAGAGCGAUAUGCCAAGUCCAUAGAUGGCCGUUUCGCUCCAGAUAUCUACAUGUGUUUCCCACAGGAUCUCGGAUCCCAAACUGACGGUCCUCCGUACUACAACCAGACAGAAAAUUAUGCUGGAGAAAUCCGUGGACAGAGAACCCAAGGCAGCGAUUACCUUCAGAAUCAUGAAUUUUGCAAGCCGUUACAAAAUUCUGCAUCUCCUGUUCUCAUAGAUUUGUCAGGAAUCGGAGCGCAAUUCGGCUCGUGA